AUGGCACUAUAUUAUACUGUGGCACCAUUAUUAUUGAUUAUCUUCGGAAUUCUAACGAUUAUCAAUACUCAUCGACAUGCUGUUCGUGUAGCAGCACAAACCCUCUCGAUAGGUGUUCGUCGUACGGAAGGACAAUUAGCACGUAUGUUACUUCUUCAAGUUUGUUCUCAUUUAAUUUUGACUACUCCAUUCGGUAUCAUUUAUUUUAUGAAUGCAUUUAAUCCAUCAACACGUACGGUGUAUAUCACUGGUAUACGUUAUAUCCUCGUUAUGUGGCAACAAUGUGAUUAUUUUCUUUCAUUUUUCCUCUAUAUUUUCUCGGGAAGUCUCUAUCGUGAACAACUUCGUCAAUUAUUCAAAUGGACUAAACAACGUGCGCCUGCAAUCCAUUCAACUCAACGUUAA